UUUUAGCAUGUCUCAGUGGAAUCAAGUGCAGCAGUUAGAACCCUGUUUUUUAGAGCAAAUAGACCAGAUUUACGAUGACAUCUUUCCCAUGGAAAUUCGACAUCUUUUAGCACAGUGGAUCGAAAACCAGGACUGGUAAGUUUGGACAUUUUUUUUUCUUUUCUGCCUUGAAUAUUAGGACACUGCUGAAUAGGCAGAUAUAGCUUGCAUUGUAUUUACUGUUGAGUGUUUCUCAACUUUGUCCACACAUUUUCAAGCUGCCAAGUUUGAGAAACACUGUUGUAUAUAGAUAUACAGUAGCUUCCUAGGCAGAACCCCCCACCCUUCUUGGGAAUACAGUUAUUUUAUUAUCCAAAUAAAAAUAAAAUAUUGUUGUUUUGCAUCAGAUCUGUGGCUGUACAUGUUUAAACAGCAUUAAACGAGUAAACAUGCAAUAGACAUAACAAAUAAUUCAAAACCUACAGAAUUAAUAGUACUAUAAUUUUACAUAAUUUCAUAUUCCAUAAGCCUACUCCAUCAAGCAUAAUUUGGAAAGUAUAUAGUAAAAAAUGACCAUAUCUUUAUGAAUUAAUGUUCCCUCUCUUUCUAUAUUUUUGUCAUUGUUAUAGCCAUUUUGUUACCUACAAAGAAAGUUCAGUGAAUAUAUUAACCCAUUUAAUGUUUGAAAUAAUCAUUCUAUUAUGAUUAUUGUCUUUGAUACUGAAAGAUAUAUGGAGAUAAAUAUGUCAAAUUAUAAAAUAUUUUGGCUUAUAAAAUGUACACUGAGGAUUGUUUUUAGAAGAAGUGUAUAGUACUUCUUUUUGUCAACAGAGCUGUAUCCAGAUUCAAAACUCUAGAUAGUACAUAUGAGCAAUUAUUAAUUAAUUCCAAUGAUUAUUUUUAAAUUAAUUCUCCGUCCUUUCUUCACUCCUACACAGACAGAAAUCAAUAUAUUGAUAAUAUUCUCACAUUUAUGGUCAGAUGUUAAUUUUCAUAAGCAGUUUAUCAUAUUUCUAUUUUAAUGUUAGAACUACAUAGAGUAGCAUUUAAUUGAAAAUAUACUGUAUAUGUGUACAGAUAUGUAAAUAUUACAUCUUUAAAUACGGUACUGUUUUAAAGCUGAAGAGAGCAUUUUAAAAAGUAAACUGAGAAUUUUAUUAGCUCUUUCAAUCCUAUAUUUAUCUAUAUUAUUUUAUUUUAUUUUAACUUUAUAAUAUAUUAUAAUAAUAUUCUGUAUAUAAUUUACAUUAUAUACAGAAUAUUUUCUUUAGAUAAAAACAGAAUUUGUAUAACCAAUUUCUUGGCCUCCCAUUUAGUGCCUAAUAUUUCUCUUGAACAAAUGAUUUUGAAAACAAUACUAUUUUUGAUAUAUGUAUUUUUUCUUAUUUAUUUCCUGUUGCAAAGGGAAUCUGCCUAUAGCAAUGAGUCCACGGCAGCAAUACUGUUGCAUAACUUAUUCAUAAAACUGGAUGAGCAUUUAGAGCGUGUUUCUCAAGAGAAGAAUCUCCUUUUGAUACAUAACCUAAAGAAAGUCAGAAAAGUUUUUCAGGCAAAAUAUCAAAGCAAUCCUCUACAUAUAGCACUGAUUAUUUCAAACUGUUUAAGAGAAGAAAGAAGAGUACUAGCUUCAGCCAGUAUGCCAGUUCAGGGACCUCUAGAAAAGUCAUUACAAAACUACUUGGGUUCAGAAAGGCAAAGAAAAAUUGAGCUCAAAGGUUCUGAAAUUAAGAACAGUACACAGCUGACAGAACAAGACAUCAAAUAUUUAGAAGAUUUGCAAGAGGAGUUUGACUUCAGAUUUAAAACUAUAUGCAACAUAGAACAGAAUGACAAAAACAGUCCUGUCAUGAAGCAGGAGAUGCUGUUGUUGCAGGAAAUGCUCAAUACAAUAGACUACAAGAGAAAGGAAAUUCUCAGUAAAAUGGCACAAAUAGUAAGGGAGGUUGAUGCCUUGGUGAAUAACAUAUUAAUAGAAGAGUUAUUGGACUGGAAGAGACGGCAACAAAUUGCUUGCAUUGGGGGCCCUCUACACAGUGGGCUUGAUCAGCUGCAAAACUGUUUUACGCUAUUGGCUGAGAGUCUUUUUCAAAUAAGAAGGCAGCUGGAGAAGCUGAAUGAACUUUUGAUAAAACUCACCUACGAAGGAGACCCCAUUCCAUUACAAAGACCUCAAUUGUUGGAAAGAAUAAAUGCUUUACUUUACAGUCUUUUCCAAAGUUCAUUUAUAGUGGAGAGGCAGCCUUCCAUGCCAACUCAUCCUCAGAGGCCUUUAGUUCUGAAAACAAUGAUACAGUUUGCUGUUAAACUUCGGCUGCUUAUUAAAUUGCCCGACCUGAACUACCAGAUUAAAGUGAAAGCUACUAUUGACAGGAAUGCCUCUACUAUAAGCAACCGCAGAUUUGUUCUGUGUGGGACUCAUGUAAAAGCAAUGAACAUGGAUGAGUCUGCAAACGGGAACCUUUCAGUGGAAUUUCGACAUUUGCAGCCAAAAGAAAUGAAAGCAAGUGGUACAAACAAAGGAAAUGAGAUUCCUCAAGUGGUAACUGAAGAACUACAUUCAAUCACUUUUGAAACACAGAUCUGCUUAUAUGGGAUGACUAUAGAUUUGGAAACAAGCUCUUUACCAGUGGUGAUGAUUUCUAAUGUCAGCCAAUUGCCUAAUGCUUGGGCUUCUGUUAUUUGGUACAACUUGUCAACAAGUGAACUCCAGAACUUGGCUUUCUUUAAUAAUCCAAUCCCUGUCACUUUGAGUCAGCUCUUAGAAGUCCUGAGCUGGCAGUUUUCAUCAUAUGUUGGCCGUGGACUGAAUUCGGAUCAACUGGAAAUGCUGGCAGAAAAACUAAUAGGGCAACAGAUUACUUCCGGUGAUCAUCAGCUUUCAUGGUCAAAGUUCUGUAAGGAACACUUGCCUGGUAAAUCAUUUACAUUUUGGGCGUGGCUUGAAGCAAUCAUGGAUCUGAUUAAAAAACACAUUCUUCCUCUUUGGAUUGAUGGGUGCAUUAUGGGCUUUGUGAACAAAGAGAAGGAGCGAGCUUUGCUGAAAGACAAGAAACCUGGGACGUUUCUACUAAGGUUUAGUGAAAGUAAUUUAGGAGGGAUUACAUUUACCUGGGUAUCCCUAUCUGAAAAUGGGGAAGUGAAGUUUCAUUCUGUUGAACCAUAUAACAAAGGCCGCUUAACUGCCUUGCCAUUUGCAGACAUAUUACGAGAUUACAAAGUUAUUUCGACAGAUAACAUUCCUGAAAACCCACUGCAGUAUCUUUAUCCCAAUAUCCCCAAAGACAAAGCUUUUGGAAAGCACUACAGCUCUCAGCCUAAUGAAGUAGCAAGACCUACAGAAGGAGGGACCAAAGGUUAUGUCCCCUCUGUCUUCAUUCCAGUCUCUAAAAUUCUGAAUAAUUCCACAGAUCCACCUUCUCCAUCAGAUCUUCUUCCCAUGUCACCAAGUGUUUAUGCUGUUUUGAGAGAACACUUGAACCCUUCUGUAAUGGAAACUGCUUUGAAUUCUCCAUAUGCAGCUGAGUGACAUUCAGAUACUGAAGAUUUUAAAACACAGAUGAACAUUUGUGUGUAUUAAUAUAUGUUUAUAAGACAAUGUUCUUAAUUUCCCUGUAGAAUAAAUAUAUUUUCCAAUAGAUAUACAGAAUGCUCAUAUUGACUGUAACUCUUAAUUUGCUUAAACAAAUAUUGGAUCUGGUUCAGAUGAUUUGACAUGGCUAGAAUGAACGUCAUAUAGUAUACUGUACUGUUCAAACUUUUAUUGAUGUAACUCUAAUGCUGUUAAUAUGAUUUAUCGUGUAUAUAUUGAUAAUUACAUAAACCAACAAUUAUGGUCAAUUUUA